AUGGAGAACGAGAACAAGGAUUCCAUCGAAAUCGAUGAGGACGUCGACAUGGGCGGCGAUAUGCAGAUCUUUGACGAGCCUGACGAUGAGCUUGAGGAGUUUGACGAAAUAGAUAACGUGGUCACCGCCGAGGACCCGGAAAUUUCUAACUGGAACGACGACUGGGAGACCGCAGGCUGGGACGACGAGGACGUCGAAUCCGACUUUGUGAAGCGUAUCCUCCAGGAGUUGGAAAACUACAGGAAGGCGUACCACUGA